CCCCUCGGGCCCUUCUUGUCCCCGCCCGGCCGGGGCCGUGGGUGCGAGCAGCGCUGGCAGCGCCCCCCCGCCCCAGCCCUCCCCUGAUCGGCCGCGUUUGGCAGGCGGGUUCCUCCGGCGGCCCUCGGUGAGGCGGCAUGGGGAAGAGCUGCAAGGUGGUUGUGUGCGGCCAGGCCUCCGUCGGGAAAACGUCUAUCCUGGAGCAGCUUCUGUACGGGAACCAUGUGGUUGGAUCCGAGAUGAUCGAGACCCAGGAGGACAUUUACGUGGGCUCCAUUGAGACAGACCGGGGGGUGCGCGAGCAGGUGCGCUUCUACGACACGCGGGGCCUGCGGGACGGCCUGGAGCUUCCCAAGCACUGCUUCUCCUGCACGGAUGGCUACGUGCUGGUCUACAGCACUGACAGCAAGGAGUCCUUCAAGCGAGUGGAGCUCCUCAAGAAGGAGAUUGACAAGUCCAAAGACAAAAAAGAGGUCACCAUCGUGGUUUUGGGCAACAAGUGUGACCUGCAGGAGCAGCGCCGGGUGGACCAUGACGCAGCCCAGCACUGGGCCAAGGGCGAGAAGGUGAAGCUGUGGGAGGUGUCUGUGGCUGACCGGCAUACGCUGAUCGAGCCAUUCAUCUACCUGGCUAGUAAGAUGACGCAGCCACAAAGCAAGUCUGCUUUUCCCUUGAGUCGCAAGAACAAGGGCAGCGGAUCCAUGGAUGGCUGAGCCUUGUUUUCCCUUCCGUUGCCACCUCCUCUUCCUCACUUCCCUAUUUCCCUUGCACAUACCUCCUGCUGAGCCUGUUUGGUGUCGCGAAGCUUGCGGGAAGCACCGUGGCACAAGGAAUGGGUGUCCCAGGGCUAGGGAUGGUCUUUGAGAGCAAGAGAGGUGACCCAUCUCCCUGCACUGGGACAGGGAUGGCUCUUUUCACUGCCCAGCCCCUGCAGAUGUUGGAGGUGCUACAGGAAAGCCAGGAUUCGCUGAGUGAUACUCCUCUGCUCUCUGGGCACAGGCUGGCAGACCCGAGGGCUGUAGGCUGCUAGAGGGGAGGCACAGCAUGGGGCUGGCCAGCAGGUGGGGAUCAGCUCCACGGCUGAGCACAGCCGGGCCAGAGGAAACAAUUCCCCCUCUCUUGAGCUGCUCUGUUUUAUAUUUGCUGAUACCAUGUGAGAUGAGCCCAUUUGCUGGCCCUGCCUCCAGCCCAGCUGCUGUCAGAGCAGCUCUCCCUUGUCCUACCCCACCUGGGUCUGCAGUGCUGCAGUGUUCCCUGGCAGAUUGCCCCUUACCUGGCAGUGCUUGCUGCACCUUUACCUGUAGAAAUAGUCAGUCAUCCUGCCCCAGUGAAUGCAUAGUGCAGAGG